AUGAGGAUCACACAGAAUCUCGCCCUUAUUGGCGCUCUCGUUGCGACCGGCGCCCAGGCUACGGUGCACGUUGUCAAGGCCGUCGCGAACCCCUUCUCCUUCCUACCUGAUACUGUCAACGCCAAGGUUGGCGAUUACAUCGAGUUUCACUUCCUUCCUGCCAACCACAGCGUGGCCAAGGGUACCUUUAAGAGGGCGUGCGAACCUGCCCACGAGUAUGGCUUCUUCUCGGGUUUCCUCCCUGUCGCCGAGGGCGAAAGCGACAAGGUAUUCAAGAUUCUUGUUGAAAAUGAGGAUCCUUUUGUCUUCUACUGCACGCAAGGACAGCACUGCGCGUCCGGCAUGUACGGUGUAGUGAACCCUACGGAAAAGAAGUCCAAGGCCGCGUAUGGCGCCCUGGUUUCUGUCCUCGAAGACAAGAAGGCGAAGCAGCCGAGCAAGACGACGCCGUUUGGCGGCGCUUUGAUCGAUAACCCCAACUUGUCUAAGCCUAACGAGACCGAGACCGAGACUGGAUCGGAGAACUCCGCGGUUCCUUCUCAGACGCGCCCGCAAACCGGGAUCCAGACCCAGACCCAGCCGGCUGUCAUUGGCGUCCCAAGCCCUACCUUUAUCGAAAUCAACCCCCAGGUUACCGAUGGCGUCGUGGGGAUUCCUCAAGCCUCGGGAGGCGCCGUCACUCCCGGCCCAGUCCAAGCUUCCGGCAGCGCGAUUGGCGCGUCCGUCGCGCUCAUAUUUGGCGCCGUUGGCUUCGCCGUGCUGAUGAUCUGA